UUCUAGUGAGAUGCAUUUGCGUUGAGAUUUAACUUCUUGUUAUCCUGUCAUUUCGAUUUGGUAAUCAUUCAUCGAAGGUUUAUCCAGUCACAUGUUGUGCCAGUGUGAUGAUUCAUCUUAGGUUUAGCCUGUCACAUUUUGUGCCACUGUGAUGAUUUCCAUAUUCUUACUUUUGUAGUCAUUCAUCUGUUAUCUUUCUUGCAAUUAUAGACAACCCUUCUUUUUUAUUUUCUAUCAUCUUUGGAUGUAUGUAUGUGAUGUGAUUUGCAUUCUUUGUAUGACUCUGGGCUUCUAUUUGCUUCUCAAACUUGCCCAUGUUCUUUCUUGAAUCAUGAUAAUGAUUCUCUGACAGUCCUUUUUUGCAAAUUUAGAGCAUUCUGAAUACUUUAGCUGACAUAGAUCAGGGUGAGAUAAACAAUCCCAUUGUAGUCAUCCUUUGCAUUUGGUUUUCUUGUUUUUCAGUUUGAGAGUAUGAGGAAUAUGACAUGGUUUUCUGUUCAACUUUUUUUGUUAACUGCUGAAGGUUGCUGCAUUUGUCUCCUCAGAUCAAUUAACAUUAAGUUUUAGAGAUGAGGAGAUUUUUCUCCUUUAAAUCAUUGGCAUCGAGCAGUGGAAAUAGCAGCGAUGAUGUCAAGGUUUCGAAUUCUAAACAUGGAAAGGUUAGGGGCAGCUCUCAGAGUCCCCAAGAUAAUGCUUAUGAUCUAAGGGGGCAGCACCAAGAAACCGAGGAUUCUUCCAGUAAGCAUCUCAGCAGGAGCAUUUCAUUUUCAUAUCCUGCCAUAUAUUGUGCUUCUGGAGGAGGAAACAUGAAUUCUGUCAAUGAGCAAAGUGUGUUUAUAUCCAGCUGUGGAAAUUCACCUCAUCAGAAAGCCGAAUGUUCUAACAACUACAAUUCACUGACACCAGAAAGAUAUACAAGAUUGAAGAGAGGUGAACGAGCUUCAUUUAGAAAGACACAUAGAAUUGAGAAGCUGGAUACUUCUGCUGAUUCCAAGGGUUAUCAAUGUUCAUUUGGAAAUUCAUUGUAUGACUCUCCAAAUCCGUUGAGAUGCAGAGCUACCCACUUAGCAGAGACAGCAAGUGAAAACAACUUCCUGGACCUCUAUAUCGAUGGAGAACAUCAAGAAAUGAAGUCCAAGAAAGAUUAUCUACAGCAUCGUUCUGAUACUGGACAUGAUGAUUUUGUUAUUGAGAAUGGAACACUUCCUUGUUUAGGAAGGCCCCCUCAGGCUCAGUCAACUGCACCAGCUUCUCCAGCCUAUGGUAAAGAGAACCGCAGGUGUUACUCAUUUAGGGAGGUGAAAGAUAUUGGUCGUGAACGUCCCAUGCAGGACUGGGCAAGAGAUGACGAUAGGCUGAUAUACCGACAUAAGUACAGAAAGGAGAAUCUAGAUAGGCUGAUUUCUCCUCAGAAAUACAUGAAAAACAGUAUAGAUAGUUUAUCUCUUGAAGUUCCUGGGAUAUCCGUGAAGUCGCAAGAUUAUGAUUCUGAAACAACUGUCACAAUGGAGGAUAUUUAUGAGGAUUCCUCGGAUCCACGUCCCAAUUCGAACUCCAUUCGUUUCCUGGAAAAGCAUUCUUCUGAUCUUACAUCAUAUUUGGAGGACUUGAAUGGAUCUAGUUCUAUGAAGGAACUAUCGAGCUUCCGAAGGCAAAACUACCUUCCUGGAAUUGGACGAAUAGGCAUAAAUAGUGCUAAGACGAUAAAUUCUGGACUAGAGAAACUGGACAUAGAUAAAGAAUUGCUCAAGAAAGCUAAAGAAGUGGAAGAGAAGUUGGAGGGUUUGUCUGCGGAAGAGGUUGAUCUGGAUGAACUUGAGAGUGGGAAUUUGAAAUCAUCAGCUAUGCUUUUGAAAAUUCAGAAUGUUGUGGAAGACAGAAUAAGCUUGGCAUUGGAUCUCUCUUCACAAAUAAAGUGUCGACUUGCUGAGAGGUUUUCUGCAAGAGAGCAUAUUAAAAAUUCCAAGGUAGAGCUGGAUACCAGAACAAGGAGACUUGAGAAAGAGAAGAAUGAACUACAAGUGAGUUUGGAAAAAGAAUUGGACAGGAGGUCCAAGGAAUGGUCCUUGAAACUUGAGAGGUUCCAAUCUGAAGAGCAAAGGCUUCAAGAGAGGGUAAGGGAGCUGGCAGAGCAAAAUGUGUUUCUUCAAAGAGAAAUUUCUUUUAUUAAAGGGAAUGAGGCUGAUGCUAGAAGUAAAUUUAUGAACUCCCAUGUUCAGGUGAAUUCUCUGACAGAAAAUUUGGAAGAAGUGAAGACAGAAAACAAUAAUCUCCACCAGAAGUUAUCAGAACUGCAGGAGCGCUUCAAUGGAGUAGUGGAGGAUCUGGAAUGUGUAAGACUAAACUAUAAGGAGAAGGAGAAAGAGAAUGGAGAUUUACAUAAAUUGGUUGUCAGAUUUCAAAGAACAUGCAGUGAACAAGACAAGACCAUUGAUGUGUUGAGACAGGAAUACAAUGAUGAGAUUAGGAAGCAACUAAUACACAGAAAUGAUGGUUCUAACAGACUGCAAAUGGAGCAUCUAAGGCUGACAGGUGUGGAACAGAUGCUGAGGAGGGAGCUCGAAUCCUGUAGGCAAGAAUUGGAGUCACUCAGGCAUGAGAAUGUUUCCCUCUUGGAACGUUUUCAAGGUUCUCGAAACAACAAGAGCUUCUCCUUGUUUAAGCUUGAUCAGGAACUUCAUGCUCAAGUAGAGUGCUUGAAAACUCAGGGCUUGUCAUUGCUCAAUGAUAAUGCUCAAUUCUGUGCAGAAUUGCUUAGCUUCAUAAAGCGCAAGCACUGUGAUCAAUGCCAAGAAGCUAAUAGUGAAUUUAGUGGAUAUGCGGUUGCUGAUUAUACUGUUAAACACCAGAGUUUGAGGAGAGGAACUGAAAAUUUAAGAAAAACUUUACAAACAAUAUCGGAAACACUAGAAGAAAAGUCUAAUCUAGAAGUAUUGGGGAGCCAAUUGCGAACCAAUGCAUCAAGGCAUUUAAUGGAUCAGGACAAACUGGAACUUGAGUUGAAGGCAGAAACCAACCUUACUAGAUUGCUGCGAGAGAAGCUUUUGUCUAGAGAACUGGAACUUGAGCGACUAGAGGCUGACUUUGCUUCUUUAGUAAGGAGUCAUGAUGUCAUGCGAACUGAGAUCCAAAGGCUGCAAGAUGAACUUUCAUGUCUUAACCACAAGACAAAGGACAUGGAGCUUCAGAUGCUGAGGGCAGAUGAGACCAACAACCAGCACCAGCAAGAUCUUCAAGAUUGCAUGAAGGAACUGACUUCAACUAGAGGUGCACUUAUAAAAGUCUCUGAGGAGAGGGACCGUUUGUGGGGUGAAGUGAAGCAUUCAAGCGAAACAAUUAUGCUUCUGGAACAUGAGGUUAAUUCUCUCAAGAAGAAGAUUGAAGUCCUUGAUGAAGAUGUUCUCCUCAAGGAGGGGCAGAUUACCAUUUUAAAGGACAGCCUGGAUGAUAAACCAUUUAAUGUAAUUUACAAUCCACUAGCAAUGAAAGAUCUUACCUUGGAAUGAUCAAGCUUUUCAGAUGGAGCUUCCUGUGGUUCACAUACAAUUCAGUUGAGCUAUGGACAACUUCAGAUAUGUAGAUGUAAAUGUCUGAUCCAGAGUAAGUGUUGGAUGAUUACAAGGGCCCAUUUAAAAGAAUGCUCGGUAUGGUUUCAAAUUCUAUUAUUGCACUAGAAAAUGUAUUGUAAAGCAGUAUUGAUCUGAGGCUAGGCAAAAGGAGUAUGGCAAAAUCUUCAUCAUAUAAUGAAUGAAAUGUUAACAUGAACCCUGAUAAAUAUUUUGGCAGCAGUGGGAAGUGGAGGAUUAUACCUUCCAUAAUCUCCAAACUUCCCUAGAUUUAAUUGCAUGCUGUGCCAUAUCUGCUUUGCUUUUGAUGUUGUGAAGAAUCAGACAUUGUCAUGAAUCAUAGUAAAUUGUCUCUUCGUAGAUAUUUUGAAGUUGGAAAAAUCUUUAUCGUAUUAGUUAGGUGUGCAAAAGAUCAUU